GCCCCCUUUAUUGAGAGGAUUAGGCUUUAUUUACCUUCAGUCGUGAUAAGAGUGGGCAUGCGCAGUGCAUGUGAAAGUGCAAACAACUCGACUGAUGGUCCGUCCACCACCCAAUCUCGCCCAGCCACCCCCACAAGCGAGCCAAAACAUAUGCGAGGUGUUGGCCAAAAUCGAUAUUUUCCACGAAAGGCGCACAAACGUCGAGCGGAUGGUAAAAGUUCUGCCAGAUAUUUAAAGUCUAACGAAACGGAGUCUAACGGAGGAAAGGAGAUGCAUUAAGGGAAUUUAGGCAGAAGGAGCACCCCAAGCAUCAGCCAGAGAGUCGCAAGAAUCCCGAGAAUCCUGCCAAUCGGCCAUGGCCAAGCCCCACUCGGAUGCGGAUGCCUCUGGCCUGGGCUACGCCUACCAGCUGCCGUCCGGCGGCCUCCUGCUGCGCCUCAAGUCGUCCCUGUCGCAGUUCAGCGACCUGUUCAGCGACUUCAGCAGGUACAUCUCGCCCGCCUAUCACCACGACCGCUGCGAGCGGUCCGUCCACAUGCGGCUCUACUCGAUGCACAAGCGCGAGUUCGUCAUGGUCUUCCUGGGCUUCUUCACCUGCUUCGGCUUGGGCAUCGUCAUCGGGUUGACGGGACCGCCCAUCACCAGCACCUCCUCGCUGACCGCCCAGCAGAUCCUAGCGAACACCUCGCUCGCACACAGCCCGACGGUCCUCGCCACCGGACCCUUCGCCAUGAAGUCCCCGCUGACCACCACCUACUCCCAGCAAUUGUGGCUCAUCGCCAAACUGGUGACGGACAACAACGACGACGAGCGCUACGACAAGAGUUUCCAGGUCAGUGUCUCCAUUGAUGGAAUCAACGAGCAGCACAAGCCGCAGAACGUUUUGGGCUCCGGAGUUUCGCAUAACCGGACACGGCACUUGGUCUGCGUGCGCAACGACUGCGAGGAGUUCACGGUGAUGCAUCUGGGAUUCCUGGACUACGCCCACUACAUCAUAACCGUGCGCUUCUACGGACUGGAGUCCUUCCACCAGAAGUAUAAUAUACGCAGCAUUACCUUUUACUUCAAGACCUACAGUCCGGAGUUCACGCAGAUUGAGAUCUGGUUUAGAUGCAUCUUUCUGCUCUUUACCUUCGUUGUUUUAUGCUGGUAUGCGCACACCUUGCGCAAAUAUCCCAUCUACGAUUGGUCCAUUGAGCAGCGAUGGUUGUCUGUUCUGUUGCCCCUGCUUCUGCUGUAUGACAAUCCCUUUUUUCCGCUCAUAUUCCUGAUGAACUCGUGGCUGCCCGGAAUGCUGGACGCCAUCCUCCAGGCCACCUUCCUCUGUGCCCUGCUCAUGUUCUGGCUCUGCAUUUACCAUGGACUGCGGCAGAACGAGCGCAGUUUUGUACGCUUCUACCUGGUCAAGGUGAUCGUCGUCCUGCCCAUCUGGCUGUGCGCCAUCGUCCUGGCCACCUGGGAGAAGUGCAAUGAGCUGAGGGAUCCCACAUACAGUCACUUUGUGGACACCAAGAACUACAAUGGCUUCAAGAUGUUCUUCUACAUCGCCUGCUGCAUGUAUGUGCUGUAUCUGGUGCUGCUGCUACUGCGAGCAUAUACCGAACUUCGAUCCAUGCCCUAUUUCGAUAUGCGACUGAAGUUUCUCACGCUGCUCAUGCUGUUCGUGCUUUCCAUAUCCAUCACGGUGACCACCUGCCGCUUCGGCUUCGGCAUCCUCGAGGACAACUUUGUGGCCUCACUGAACACCACCUAUCGCAGUUCGGCGCAGUUCAUGUGCUUCUACGGGCUGCUCAACUUCUACCUGUACACCAUGGCGUAUGUGUAUUCGCCGGACGGACGCUUUGCCCAGGCGGAACUGGCCGUCACCAAGGACAAUCCAGCCAUUUCCAUGAUCGACGACUCCGACGAGGACGUGGUCUACGGCUCCGACGAGGAGUCGCGUCGCCCUCUCACCGCCGUGGGCGGCGGUGCCGGGAAGAACGACUACGACAGCGAUUGAUCGGAGAUCGAGGAGCCCGUGGAGACUGGACUCCAAAAUGUUCCAUAGCGCAAGCGAGGGUUAUAGUGCUAAAUAAGUGUACAAAAUAUUCUCUAACAUUAUGCAUUAAUUAAACGAAUUUCCGAAAUUAACCUGUGCAGUUUGAGUUUUUAAACUGAAGAUUACCUACUUAUUAUUUUAAAAUAUAUUUAGUAAUUCAUGUUUAAGCAGAACGCAGUUAAAUAAAUCAAUUUUGUCAGUUGAAUGUUGAAAAUGAUUUGGAAGAAUAAAGUUUUAAUUGCAUAGGCCAAUCAAGAAAAGUUUUAAGCUUACUUUAAAUGGCAAACAUUUUCUUACUAAACUUUGGAGAUUGUUGGAAAUAAAAAUGUGCCAUUUAGUUAAUUAAUUAUGUUGAAAAAGAAAAUUUAAUUGUAUUGGCCAGUUAAGUCGUAAAUUUUACUUU